AGAAGGCGCCCCGCAUACUUCCGUGCGGCCUUUCCGGCUUCACUGACUGGUCGUUUUUGCUCGUCGCAGCGCAAACAAUCCGGAACAGCUCUUCAGGUUGCCAACCCACGAAACAACGCCAGUCCCAACACCCACCCUCAAUUGGGAUCACAACCGCCUUCAAAAUGGCUACCGCAAUCUACAACACCCUCUUCCGGAGGAACUGGACCAUGCUCGGCGUUGUCUUCGCCGGCGCCUUCGCCUUCGAGCUUGGUUACGAUAAGGUGAUGGACAGGGUCUGGGACAACAACAACCGGGGGCGCCAAUGGAAGGACAUCCGGCACAAGUACAUCGAGGGUGGCGAUGACGAGUAGGCAGACUUCAACGGGGCACAUCGAAAACUACCAGGACGAAGACAAGGACGAGGGUAUUGCGCCAACCCCGGGUUACGGGAGCUUCACCCGUGUACAUUCGGUUAUGGAGAGGGUUGUAGAGAAUAGAGCUUGGCUUGUCGACAGUGAAUUUAGGUUCAAAACUAAUGUUCUGGUCUCUACGACACUGGAGAAGGCGCUAGAGUAAAAGCUCUGCUUCGCCCUUCAAAACCGCAGGAAAUGACCUCAUGGUUAUUUUUUUGGUGGAAGAGGAUGACUCUUGCCAUCUCACAUACAUAGCUUCCACCCGACAUUCCUGUCCAUGGGUGCCGGGCAUCCAUUGUCCUCG